AUCCAACAUACAUACGCCUUGAGUAUGCACAUACAUAGUUACAAAGAUGGCCACAUUCUGAACUGUCCGCUCGUCAAAAUCUGAAAUUAUCUCAUUUCAUUUGGCCAGAUCAUUUUUUAAAAGCAUUUUAUAGUUAAAUAGAAGUUCAAUAAACUCAAUAUGCGUCCAGUUACACUUAUAAUCCUCAUAUUUUCAAAUUUAUUAGCAAUUUCCACGGCAUCCACGUGGCCAAUACUCCCACAUAACUUUACGACUCCAUCAAAGCAGUGGAAUGCUGGCGAUGGGAACAAAAUCGUUGGAGGACAGGAGACCGAUAUCGAAAAAUAUCCAUAUCAAGUUGCAAUCUUAAACGAUGGACGACUUUUUUGCGGUGGAUCUCUGUUAUCAGAGGAUCGUGUACUUACUGCUGCGCAUUGCACUGAUGGUAGAACUGCCUCUGACAUGUCAGUUAGAGCUGGAUCUUCGUUCCACGAUAAGGAUGGCACCAUUGUAAACGUAAUUGGUAUUAGACAACAUCCCAACUACACUGAAUCAACGGUGGAUAAUGACAUCUCAAUUUUGGUGUUAGAAAGUGGAGUUCUGCAUCCCGGUCCUACAAUCGACUUUGUAACAUAUCCAACUUUAGGAUUGGGAAAUGACCCCACAACUGGGGCAGACUGUAUUAUUACGGGAUGGGGGACAACUACGGAGGGUGGAAGUAUUUCAGAGAAAUUGCAAGUUGCUAAAGUUCCAAUUGUUAGUCGGAGCGAUUGCGAGGCUGCCUAUGGUAGUUCAGAGAUUACGAAAAAUAUGAUUUGUGCUGGAAUACCAAAAGUUGGUGGCAUUGAUACCUGUCAGGGAGAUUCCGGGGGCGGUAUGUUACUAAAGGAAAGUCUGGUCAAAAAUCACCAGAUUGGCAUUGUCAGUUGGGGCUAUGGCUGUGCAAGACCAGAAUAUCCAGGGGUGUACACAAAAGUUGCCAACUACAAAGAUUUCAUCGAAGAAAAUAUAAAGUAAAAGGUGUCAAGAAUUAUAUUUACUUAGGACUUAAUUAAUUUUUUUAUAACAUUUUAAUAAUAAUUUAUGUUUCCAUUUCUUCUACAUUUUAUUUGCGAAAUAACGAUGCAAAGGUCAACCUUGAAAAAAUUGGCCGAAAAAUUUUGCAUGAAUAAACCUACCACAACAAAUAA